UGGCGCAUGGGCAGGCGAGCGGGGCGGCAUGGCGGCGGGGAGCGCGCCCGUGCGCUUCAAGACCAACUAUGCUGUGUCGAGGAAAAUUGAGCCUUUCUACAAAGGAGGGAAAAUUCAGAUAAGCAGAGAUGGAAACUAUAUGUUUUGCCCUUGCGGAACCAAGCUGAAUGUAAUGGAUAUAGCAACAGGAGCCGUGGUUCACAGCAUCGAGCAGGAAGAUCAAGAGGACAUUACAUCAUUCGUUCUUAGUCCCGAUGACGAGAUCCUCGUGACAGGAAGCCGAGCAUUGCUGUUAAAACAGUGGGACUGGCGAGAGAACAAGUGUACGCGCACGUGGAAAGCAGUGCAUAUGGCACCAGUAGCCAGCAUGACCUUCGAUUCCACUUCAACGUUGUUAGCCACAGGCGGCUGUGACAGCACCAUCAAGAUCUGGGAUGUGAUCAAACAGUACUGCACACACAACCUGAAAGGAUCAGCGGGGGUUGUACAUGUUGUUGAGUUCCACCCCGACAUCUCCCGGUUGCAGCUGUUCUCCUCUUCAAUGGACUAUAAGAUCCGGAUCUGGAACCUGACUUCCAGCAAGUGCAUUGCCGUGCUUGACGGCCAUUACAGCGCUAUCACUUCUCUUACUUUUGCUGCAGAUGGGAAUACGCUCAUCAGUUCAGGCCGUGAUAAAAUCUGCAUGGUAUGGGACCUGAAGACAAGAGCAGCCAAGAGGACUAUCCCUGUGUAUGAGAGCGUGGAAGCUGCAGUCCUGUUACCUGAGGAUGGAGAUUUCUCACAGCUCGGCAUGCAGAAGCAAGGGCUUCACUUUGUCACAGCUGGCAGCAAAGGGGCCCUGCGGAUCUGGGACGCGGCCACAGCUGCCUGCGUGAACACCCAGCCUGUGCCCUACCAGCCUGUGGAGUCCGGAGAGGAGGAAGCUAAUGAACACAGCCUGACUAACUGCAUGCUGGUGCCCGAGAAAAACGAGAUUGCGACCGUGACUGCUGAGCAUAAUAUCGUCCUGUACGACAUUCAGACUCUUCAGCUGAGGAAGCAGUUUGCAGGUUACAACGAUGAGGUCUUGGACGUGAGGUUCCUCGGUCCUGCUGACUCUCACAUUGUCGUGGCUACAAACAGCCCUCAGCUGAAAUUGUUUGAACUAGCAACGUCACACUGCCAAAUCCUCUAUGGGCACACAGAAACGGUUCUGGCCCUGGAUGUCUUCAGAAAGGGCAUGAUGUUUGCCAGUUCUGCCAAGGACAAAAGCUUCCGAAUCUGGCGGAUGAAUAAAGCGGGUGAGGUGCUCUGCCUGGCUCAGGGAGUAGGUCACACGUAUGGAGUGGGCACAAUCUGUUGCUCGAGAAUGAAAGAGAGCUUUGUUGUGACCUGCAGCCAAGACAGCACGAUCAAGGUCUGGAAUCUCCCAGAGUCCCUCACUUCCAAAGCCAAAGCCGCCUUGAUCUCGAGUCCGGAAAUCCUUCAGGCCCAAGUAACCGAGAAGGGUCACAACAAGGAUAUAAACAGUGUGGCAGUUUCUCCAAAUGACAAGCUGAUUGCCACCGGCUCUCAGGACAGGACGGCCAAGCUAUGGUCCUGUCCUGACUGCUCUCUGAUGGGCGUCUUUACUGGACACAAACGUGGGAUCUGGUGUGUGCAGUUUUCUCCUGUGGAUCAGGUCUUGGCCACCUCCUCAGCUGACGGCACCGUGAAGUUGUGGGGUCUCCGUGACUUCAGUUGUCUAAAGACAUUUGAAGGCCACGAUGCCUCCGUGCUGAAGAUCAUUUUUGUGAGCCGUGGGACACAGCUGCUUAGUAGUGGGUCUGAUGGGCUCUUAAAACUCUGGACGAUUAAAAGCAACGAAUGCGUGAAAACAUUAGACGCUCACGAAGACAAAGUGUGGGGUCUGCACAGCAACAAACAGGACAACAUGGUUGUAACAGCCUCCAGCGACUCCUGCAUCACCCUGUGGAAGGAUGUCACUGAAAUUGAACUGGAAGAGGAGCAAGCUAAAAAGGAGGAGCAGAUUAUGAAGGACCAAGAGCUUUCCAACCUGCUUCAUGAGAAGAAAUAUCUGAAAGCUUUAGGGCUGGCAAUCUCACUGGAUCGCCCGCACACCGUUCUGACAGUGGUCAAAGCCAUCCUAAAGGAGACCGAUGGGAGAGAGAACUUGGAAACGAACAUCCUCAGACUGCGGAAGGAUCAGAAAGAGGCCGUGCUGAAGUUCUCAGUAACGUGGAACACAAACUCUCGCAACUGCCACGAGGCUCAGGCUGUCCUUGGCAUCCUCCUAAAGCACGAAUCCCCCGAGUGCCUCCUCCAGUACGACGGCAUUAAAUCUGCUGUGGAAUCACUUCUGCCCUACACCGAACGUCAUUUCCAGAGACUGGGCCGGUUACUGCAAGCGUCCAUGUUCAUUGAUUUCAUGUGGCAAAACAUGAGGCUGUCUGAUACUUCCAAGUGGGACAAGGAUGGCUUGUGACCAUUCACAUGCCACUUGCAGUCAACUGAGGACUAUGACCAAGAGCCAAGGAUUUGCAGUGACUGGUACUAACGGUGCCUGGCUCUCCCAUCCAGCCCUGAAGCUAUGGUAUUUUUAUAAUAAAUUUUUUAAGUGUG